GCGUACGGGAGUGGGCGUGGCCUGGCGAUCCGGGUCCCGCGGGCGCGCCGGCUUCCCGGCGAGGCUGUCUGCGGUCAUGGUGGGGCCCUGGGUGUACGUGGCGGCGGCGGUUUUGCUCAUCGGCCUUAUCCUCUUCCUGACUCGCAGCCGGGGUCGGGCGGCAGCAGCUGGUGGAGAACUGCUGCACACUGAGGAAGAGCGGGCAGGAGCAGGCCAGACAGCCCAGCCUUGGCCCCGGGAGUCUGAGGAGCAGAGAACGGGAGGCCGGCCCCGGCGUCGGAGGGACUUGGGCAGCCGUCUACAGGCCCAGCGUCGAGCCCAGCAAGUGGCCUGGGCAGACGUGGAUGAGAACGAGGUUGAAGCUGUUGUUUCAGCCCAGGAGGAAGAAGGCGUUGAGAAGCCAGCAGAAGCUCACCCAACAGGGAAAAUUGGAGCCAAGAAACUACGGAAGCUAGAGGAAAAACAGGCUCGAAAAGCCCAGCGUGAGGCAGAGGAGGCUGAACGUGAGGAACGGAAACGCCUGGAGUCCCAGCGUGAGGCCGAAUGGAAGAAGGAGGAGGAACGGCUUCGCCUGAAGGAAGAACAGAAGGAGGAGGAAGAGAGAAAGGCUCGGGAGGAGCAGGCCCGGCGGGAGCAUGAGGAGUACCUGAAACUGAAGGAAGCCUUCGUGGUAGAGGAGGAAGGGGUCAGCGAGACCAUGACCGAGGAGCAGACUCACAGCUUCCUGACAGAAUUCAUCAAUUACAUUAAGCAGUCCAAGGUUGUGCUUUUGGAAGACCUGGCCUUCCAUAUGGGUCUGAGGACUCAGGAUACCAUAAACCGCAUCCAAGACCUCCUCAGCGAGGGAACGCUAACAGGUGUGAUUGACGACCGGGGCAAGUUCAUCUACAUAACCCCAGAGGAACUGGCUGCCGUGGCCAAUUUCAUCAGACAGCGGGGCCGGGUGUCCAUCACUGAGCUUGCCCAGGCCAGCAACUCCCUCAUCUCCUGGGGCCAGGACCUUCCUGCCCAGGCUUCAGUCUGACUCCAGCCCCUACUUGACUGUAUCAUGUGGCCUACGUACAUCACCGUCCUUACCUGCCAUCUUGGGCCAGGGAUGGAAUAUGACCAGAAAGUUAUGGAUUAAAGGCCUGUGAGCACUGCUGA